CCAGCCGGUCAGAAAGGCAGGGUUUCUGUCCUGGCUGCUCCAUUAGCCUCAGUAUCGCUGCUUGUAAUGGAGCCGUGUGACAUGUCCCCGCCGAGGCGCCCCGUGGCAGCCCUGUGUAGCAUGGGCUGAGAAGCCGCACCUGCACGCACGCCCGCCGGCGGAAAUGGGCUGCUGGCUGUGCCCCAGGCAGACCGCGGCAGCGAGGAGGAGCGGCCUGGGUGUCGGCACCAGGGCUGGGACGAAGCGGUUCUGGAGUUCCUGAACGGGCCGAGCCCUCCCCUCCUGGCCCGCGAUGGUCCAGAGGCCGUGGGGAAGCCACCUGCUGCGGCAUCGGAAAGCCCAGCUCCUGCUGGUCAACCUGCUGACCUUCGGCCUGGAGGUGUGUCUGGCCGCCGGCAUCACCUACGUGCCGCCCCUGCUGCUGGAAGUGGGGGUGGAGGAGAAGUUCAUGACCAUGGUGCUGGGCAUUGGUCCAGUGCUGGGCCUGGUUUCGGUUCCACUCCUGGGCUCAGCCAGUGACCACUGGCGUGGGCGCUAUGGUCGCCGGAGGCCUUUCAUCUGGGCCCUGUCCCUGGGUGUCCUGCUGAGCCUCUUCCUCAUCCCAAGAGCUGGCUGGCUGGCAGGGCUGCUGUGCUCGGACACCAGGCCCCUGGAGCUGGCGCUGCUGAUCCUGGGCGUGGGGCUGCUGGACUUCUGCGGCCAGGUGUGCUUCACGCCGCUGGAAGCUCUGCUCUCCGACCUGUUCCGGGACCCAGACCACUGUCGCCAGGCCUUCUCUGUCUAUGCCUUCAUGAUCAGCCUCGGGGGCUGCCUGGGCUACCUCCUGCCCGCCAUUGACUGGGAUGCCAGUGCCCUGGCCCCCUACCUGGGCACCCAGGAGGAGUGCCUCUUCGGCCUGCUCACACUCAUCUUCCUCGCUUGCAUGGCGGCCACGCUGUUUGUUAGCGAGGAGGCAGCGCUGGGCCCGGCCGAGACGGCGGAAGGGCUGCCGGGGCCCUCUUCGCUUUCCCACUGCUGCCCGUGCCGCGCCCGCCUGGCUCUCCGGAACCUGGGCGCCCUGUUACCCCGGCUGCACCAGCUCUGCUGCCGCGUGCCUCGGACCCUGCGCAGACUCUUUGUGGCCGAGCUGUGCAGCUGGACGGCGUUCAUGACCUUCACGCUGUUCUACACGGACUUCGUGGGCGAGGGGCUGUACCAGGGUGUGCCCAGGGCAGAGCCCGGCACCGAGGCCCGAAGACACUAUGACGAAGGUGUCCGGAUGGGCAGCCUGGGGCUGUUUCUGCAGUGCACCAUCUCCCUGCUCUUCUCUCUGGUCAUGGACCGGCUGGUGCAGCGAUUCGGCACCCGGGCCGUGUACCUGGCCAGCGUGGUGGCUUUCCCUGUGGCGGCCGGCGCGACGUGCCUGUCCCGCAGCGUGGCUGUGGUGACCGCCUCUGCCGCCCUCACUGGCUUCACCUUCUCGGCCCUGCAGAUCCUGCCCUACACGCUGGCAUCCCUCUACCACCGCGAGAAGCAGGUGUUCCUGCCCAAAUACCGAGGAGACAGUGGCGGUGGCUCCAGUGAGGACAGCCUGGUGACCAGCUUCUCCCCCAGCCCCAAGGCGGGGUCCCCCUUUCCCAAUGGACACAUGAGUGCUGGGGGCAGCCUGCUCCCCGCUCCCCCUGCACUCUGCGGGGCCUCUGCCUGUGACGUCUCCAUGCGUGUGGUGGUGGGCGAGCCGCCCGAGGCCAGGGUUGUUCCAGGCCGGGGCAUCUGCCUGGACCUUGCCAUCCUGGACAGUGCCUUCCUGCUGUCCCAGGUGGCUCCGUCACUGUUCAUGGGCUCCAUUGUCCAGCUCAGCCAGUCGGUCACUGCUUACAUGGUGUCGGCUGCAGGCCUGGGUCUGGUUGCUAUUUACUUUGCUACACAGGUAGUAUUUGACAAAAGUGAUUUGACCAAAUACUCCGUGUAGAGCACUUCCUGCCAGCGGAGGGACGGCCUGCCUCAUGGGGUCCCACUCCUGCUCCCCAGGUCCCUGGCCUUCCAGUUUCUCUUGCUGCCAAAGUGGUGUGGCUCUCUGCUGCCACCCUGUGGCGGUGCGGUGGACAGCUGCGCAGAGGAGGAACUGGGCUUGCCCUCUGCCCUGGCCCCAGUCUCAAAGGCUGACUGACCAGUGGCUCACCGGGUGAGCUUAACCGAGACCUUCCCUACAGCGGCGUCCGAAGGCCUGGCAGCGGCUAGCUCCACACCCUGGAGCGCAGAACUCAGUCAGGGCUUUGCCCCGUGCUCAGGGUGACAGUGAGUGUCCUGGUCAGGACAGACCCAGAGGAGGGAAUUAGGCAGCUGAGUAAACUCGGCCACCUGUCUCCCACCUCUAAAUGUUCCCCCAGUGUUGCUCUUGCGUGGGAGUUUCCAAUGUGAAAUUUCCCCACAGGAUUUGAAAGUGUGAGAGUUGUUUGGGGGUGUUGCCCUAAGGGAAGAGGGGCAGCUGCCUUGGCCCCCAGCACCGCCUUUCUGCUGAUCCCCCCUCCUUUUUGUUCAAUCAGGACUUGGCUUGUUGACCACUGUGUUGCCAUCAGAGGGACACAAGCCUUUAAAUAUUUAACUUAUUUAUUUAACUAAGUAGAGGGAAAUCAACCCAGCUCUGCCCCCCUGGUGCUGAGGAAUAGAGUGGGGUUCCCACAGCCGGACCCUGGGAUGGGCAGUUACUGUUCUGGGCACUGCCAGAGUCGCCUGGGCUGAUUGGUCUGUCUGCCUAGCCAGGAGGGGCUCCCCUGAUGGACUCCCCACACCCUGUGGCCGGCCAGGGACAGAUGGAAGGCGGGGCUCCUGGUCUCAGCGGCUCCCCUGGCUCCCCUCCUCUCAGCCCGACGGGACUCCCCUCUGCUCCCUCCACCCCUACUUUCCCAGCUGGCUCACAGCCCUGUCAUGGGGCUGUCGCAGGACAGAAGCACAGAGUGUGGCUCUCCAGGCCCGAGUCUCAGGCCCUUGGGCAUCUCUGUGCUCUGGGAAUCUCACAAAAAAACUCAGGAGCACCCCUUGCCUGGGCUAAGAAGCUCUUAUCUCUGGGGGGUUUAAGUGCCGUUUGCAAUAAUGUUAUGUCUUAUUUAUUUAGCGGAGUAAAUAUUUUAUACUGUAUGUGAGCAAUCAGAGUAUAAUGUUUAUGGUGAUGAAAUUAAAAGCUUCUUAUAUGUUUCA